AUGUGGAAGCCUACAGGUGGUCAGGUUCUCUCACAGUCAGACAGGCUGAGUUUCCUGUCACCGAACAAUCGUGGGAAAAUCAGAGAUGGAGAUGGAGACAAAGAGUGAGGUUGAGGGAGAGCGAGAGAGACAUGGGUCGCAUCCAAAUAGCCUGCAAUGACUUCCUGCUUUGUUCCUGGUGGAUUAAUACAAUGUGACAGGUUCCAGACCGGGGAUGGAGAGGUGAAGUAUGUCAGAGAGGCAGAGGAGUUGAUCAGGCCGGAGAGGAACACUCUGCUGGUGAGCUUCACAGACCUGGAGGGUUUUAACCAAGAACUAGCAACUACCAUCCAGGAGGAGUACUACAGAGUGUACCCUUUCCUCUGUCAUGCAGUGCGCAAUUUUGCACGGGAUCACGGGACUGUUCCUCUUAACAAAGAAUUUUACGUUGCCAUCCAGGACCUACCAACCAGACACAAGAUCCGUGAGCUGUCAACUUUACGUAUUGGGACUCUGGUUAGGAUCAGUGGUCAGGUGGUGAGGACACACCCUGUGCACCCUGAGCUGGUCAGUGGCUGUUUCAUGUGCCUGGACUGCCAGGGGGUGAUCAAAGAUGUGCCUCAACAGUUUAAGUACUCCCCGCCCAACAUCUGCAGAAACCCUGUCUGCAACAAUCGCUCCCGCUUCCACCUUGACACUUACAAGUCCAAGUUCAUUGACUUCCAGAAGGUGCGUAUCCAGGAGACACAGGCAGAACUGCCCCGUGGUUCAAUUCCUCGCUCUCUGGAGAUCAUCCUGAGGGCAGAGGCCGUAGAGACGGCUCAAGCCGGGGACCGCUGUGACUUCACUGGGACCCUCAUAGUGGUGCCAGAUGUGUCACAGCUCAGCACUCCUGGUGUGCGUGCAGAGACCAGUUCCCGUGUGGCAGGAGGCGGUCAGGGCUUUGAGGCUGAGGGCCUGAGGGGGCUGAAGGCUCUGGGUGUCCGAGAGCUUUCCUAUAGAUUGGCUUUCCUGGCCUGCAAUGUGGCCCCCACAAAUCCACGGUUUGGUGGAAAGGAGUUGCGUGAUGAGGAGCAGACAGCUGAGAGCAUCAAGAGUCAGAUGUCAGUGAAGGAGUGGGAGAAGGUGUUUGAGAUGAGUCAAGACAAGAACCUCUAUCACAACCUGUGUACCAGUCUCUUCCCCACCAUACAUGGCAAUGAUGAGGUGAAACGCGGCGUCCUGCUAAUGUUGUUCGGAGGUGUUCCCAAGACGACCAUGGAGCGAACCUCGCUGAGGGGAGACAUCAACGUCUGCAUCAUAGGGGACCCCAGCACAUCUAAGAGCCAGUUCCUCAAACAUGUGGAGGAGUUCAGCCCUAGAGCGGUCUACACCAGUGGCAAGGCCAGCAGUGCUGCAGGUCUGACGGCAGCUGUGGUCCGGGACGAGGAGUCUCACGAGUUUGUUAUUGAGGCUGGAGCUCUCAUGCUGGCAGACAAUGGUGUGUGCUGUAUUGAUGAGUUUGAUAAGAUGGAGGUCAGGGAUCAAGUGGCCAUCCACGAAGCCAUGGAGCAGCAAACUAUCAGCAUCACCAAGGCUGGAGUCAAGGCCACUCUGAAUGCUCGCACAUCCAUUUUGGCAGCAGCCAACCCAGUCAGUGGGCGCUACGAUCGCAGCAAGAGUCUGAAGCAGAACAUCAACCUGUCUGCCCCCAUCAUGAGCCGCUUUGACCUCUUCUUCAUUCUUGUGGACGACUGCAAUGAGGUGACAGACUAUGCCAUUGCAAGGCGCAUUGUGGACCUGCACUCCCGAGUGGAGGAAUCCGUGGACAGAAUGUAUUCUCUGGAUGAGAUCCGCAGAUAUUUGCUUUUUGCCAGGCAGUUCAAACCAAAGAUUUCCAACGAAUCAGAAGAGUUCAUCGUUGAGCAGUAUAAGCGGCUUCGCCAACGUGAUGGUUCAGGAGGUGUGUCCAAGUCAGCCUGGCGAAUCACUGUGCGGCAGCUGGAGAGCAUGAUCCGCCUGUCAGAGGCCAUGGCCCGCAUGCACUGCUGUGAUGAGGUUCAGCCUAAACAUGUGAAAGAAGCGUUUCGCUUGCUGAACAAGUCCAUCAUCAGAGUGGAGACGCCCGACAUCAACUUGGAACAGGAGGAAGAAAUGGAGGAAGAGGGGGUGGAGAAUGAUCGCGAUGUCCCUAAUGGUGUGAAUGGUGUCGAUGGCAUAAAUGGUCACGUGAACGGUGUGAAUGGCCAUGCUGAGCCAGGCAGCCAGGCCAAACCAUCUCUCCGACUCUCUUUCACCGAAUACAGACGGCUCUCCAACUUACUGGUCCUGCAUCUUCGCAGAGUAGAAGAAGCUGAAGAAGAGGAGGAGCUGAAGAAGAGUGCAGUUGUGAACUGGUACUUAAAGGAGGUUGAAUCAGAGAUUGACUCUGAGGAGGAGCUCAUCAACAAGAAGGGCCUGAUUGAGAAAGUCAUCCACAGGCUUGUGCACUAUGAUCACAUCCUCAUUGAGCUGUCUCAGGCAGGACUGAAGGGGACAGAGUCUGAGAGCCCAGCAGAAGAAGUGGUCCUUGUUGUCAACCCAAACUACACGUUGGAAGAUUAGACAUGUCCCUUUUCCAACCCCCAUCCGCCUUUUCUUACAACCCCGACUUCUUCACCUUUUCUGAUUCCACAUCCAACUCAAAGUGACUGUUGAAAAGUGUUUUAUAUUGAAUACCCAUAUGUAAGAAAUGCAUAAUGGCAUUUGAGACCGUUUAGGUUUUAUUCUGGUUUUGGUAUUAAGCAUCUCUGGCAUUCACGGUUUAAACUCCUAAGAUGAAGUAAAGGUCGUUAGUCACACUGACUGUUUGUAAAUAUGCUGCUCUUUGCUCCUUUUCUUCUAAGUGUUGGCAGGCUUUAUCAGAUUUCUUUGGUUCUCAAGAUGUAGAAUUGCCUUAAAUUGAGGAGUUACAUUAUUCAGUAAAUAGUAAGUCAGUUUUUUGAUGGGAUAACUGUGAUUACUAUGUAUUUCAUGCAUACAGAUUGCUUUUCCAUACGUUGGAAUUAUUUUGUGUAGAUAUGUAUUUUGAACACAACACAUUAGUAAAAGUCUUUGUAAAAUUGACAGAACAUUCCUUGGGUACAUGUAAUUUCUGUUGUCCAUGUUGUUCGGCCCACUUUGUUGCAUUAUUGCCUCCAUAUAUAAUUUGUUUUGUCUGAAUAGCUUGAGAAAUAAAAAUAUGUAU